AUGUCUGACAUGGAGACCGCGGCCAUUUUACCGACCAGCACUGUCGCAGUCAUCAAGCCACACCCAGACAGCCACGGACAAGUGGUGAAGCUUUCUGCGAUCGAUCAGAUUGCGCCUAGAGACUACAUGUCGAUAUGUCUAUUUUUCCGACUUGGUCCAGAUGCGGAUAAGAAACAAAUCUUCAGCGUCCUCCAGGAAGCCCUCUUGAGGAUCGUGAGUGACAUGCCGGAGCUUGCGUGCUGCGUGCAGAAACACACCGAUAACAGCCGUGAAGAGGUUGAGCUCGUAUUCGACUCCAACAAGGGUGUUGAAAUCCAUUACAAAGACUAUACCUCACCUGAGCUUUGUGGUCUGUGGAACUUUGGCACGUUCGACCACCUGGAGCAGGAACACUUCCCUCUCAAAAAGAUGCCAAGGCACAUUGUUUUCGGAACGUCCGCGAAGCUGGAGGACAACCAUGUGGCUGGUGAUGGCCAAUGUAACUUCAUGUUAUAUUCUGCCAUAGGCGCUCACUUUUCUGCUGUGGCCGAUGGGUUAGACAGCAAACCUACCUCGCAAAUCCAUCUUCUAGAGAGAAGUGGUGUCGUUGAGGGCGAUCAGAGUGUAACGCCCGAGGAAUUCCCUCACUGGAAGCUCGCAGAAGACACCACCGAGUUCCUCAAUCCAACGGACCGCAUCUCGAACAAUGUUCCCGAAACCAAGCUUGGCACAGUCGAAACAUUGGGUGCCUUCAUCUGGCGUCACAUAAUCGUGGCCAGAAAUAUCGAUUCUCAGAGGUAUCCUGAGGCGAAGCUUUCCAUCACCAUUGAUGCCAGGGGCCGUACAAAAAACCCCAACGUCCCAUCCAACUAUUGGGGGAACUUUGCGGAACCAAACGCAGUGGCCAGGCUACCCGUUGCCAGUCUUCAGGAAGGCGGAUCAUCGUCAACAUCGAAACAUCUUACGAGCACCAUCUACCCCGAGGCGGCGCGUCGCAUCCACAAAGCGAUAGCUGCGGUAGAUGAUAAAGCAGUCAGGCGCCUUGUCGGUCUCCUGAAUCAGAUGCCCAAAAGUACGACAUUAACGUGGAACGUAAACCGCUACCCCGGCCCAGACAUGCUUCUUGUCUGUAUCCAGGGUCAUGCGUACAAUGACAUCUACUUCGGCCAUGAGCUUGGUUGUCCCUCGGCAUUGCGAUGCACUGUGGGUAACACUGAGGAUAAACCUGAUGGUCGUUGUCUGAUUCUGCCACCCCGCCGUGGCGACGGUAAAGGUCUUGAGAUCGCGCUGCAGUAUGACAGUAGCACACUGAAGAGGCUUGAGGAUAACAUCGAGUUCGGGGCGUUUUUUGUACGUAGAAACUAA